UCACGAGUGAUAUAUAUCACGACCAAUCAUGACUCGAUUUUGUUUAUGAUUACUGAUACGGAUAUGUCUACGAACCAUUGGACCGAUUGGACCUACACCUAAGGUUGGUUUUGCAUAGUAUAGACGAAGUCAUAAACGAAAGUUUCUUUGAAUAUAUAUUAAUCUACUAAUAUAUUAAUUUUUGAAUAUAUUUAUCAAAAGUAUGGGCAAACGGGAAUGCAAAUCCGACGAGUCGGCGUCCGUUAAAGCAGUGAAAUUGGUGGAAAGCGCAAAAAUGAUGGAGAGUGCAACGAUGGAAAUUAGUCCGAAAGUUUUUAAAGUUUCAAAAUUAUUAGUUAAUAUCCUAAUUUCUAUACAAAAGAAGUUUCCUUCUGAAAGGAAAUUUAAAAUGUUCAGGAUGGUAGAAAGAAAAGUGAACAGAUUAUUUCAUGAUACAAUCAAAUACAAGAAUACAAAAUGUGAUGAUAAUGUAAUUCUUGGACUAGCUUACUUAUUGAUAUUUUGGAUAUAUAACAAAAUAUUAGAAGACGAAGAGAUGACAAUAUAUAACAAAAGAACUUAUCUUUUAAGAUGUUUAGAAUUAUUAAAAGAAAAAGAAUUAGAUUAUACUGUUAUUUUAUUAGCUAUUAGAGUUCUUAGCAAUUUAGGCAACACUUAUCUUAAUUUUGACAAACCAGAAGAUUCUAUGCCAAUUUUUGAAAAAGCAAUACAGCUAUAUUUGAAAUAUACAGAGGGACAAGAUGUAUAUCCAAUUCCUGUUAAUGUUUUAAAUAUUUUUGGCAUUGAGAAAAACAAAGAAACAAAAAUGUUAUUGGAAGAAUUAUACGUCUUGAUUUUAAACAGAUUAAUGAGAGCAAGUGAAAGAACUUUUCAGGCAGAUGAAUGUAUACUUGUACUAUACAAACUUAAAUACUUUAAUGAGCAUUUACCGUAUAUACCAGUAUCUAAAGGAUAUAUGUCAUUUAUUAUAGAAUUACUAUCAAUAUCAGAAUAUUUUUUAUUACAUGAUCAUUUUACUAAAUCCAGAAAUUGCCUUGCUGCUGCAUACUGGAUGUUAAGGAGAUUUUACCUUAAAGGAUGUAAAAAAGAUGUGGAAAGAUUUAUAGGUGAAAAAACUUUGAUGAAUAUUAUGCAUAAAAACAUGGAUAAAAAACUGGCCAGAUAUUGGGGAAGAUAUGGACUUGCUCUUCUGCGUUUAUCUGUAGAACGAUUACUGUGGAGUAAAGAAGAAAACGAAUUUGUUGAAGCGAGUAACUUAAAUCUAGAACCAUCAACAAAGUUCAAUGAGCAAUUCAAUGAAUUAACAAUAUUUGCUGACAUAGAAGAUCUAAAAGAAUACACUAACUUGAUCACAGAUAAAUAUCUUAUACAUUAUGCUGAUGCUAAGGAAGUUUUUACGCUUCUUACAUAUUGGUUUGAAAAAGCAAAAACAUAUUAUACUCCAGAUAAAUAUAAAAUAGAAUAUGUAACGAUUGUCCAAGAUGUUUCUAAAGCAUACAAAUAUUUUGCAUACUAUGAAAAAGACUUAGAAAAACAGAUAAAUCUACAUUUAAUGAGAAUAAAUAUUUUAGAUAGUGUUUUAAAGAUUUUAAACAAACAUCGUCAUUAUAACAUUCUCAAACAGAUCUGGAUUGAACUAGCAGUUACUUAUUCCACUUUAUUGAAUAUAUCGACUUCAACUGGCCACAUGUAUGAUACAGGAAAAUUAAAAACACGUAUAGAGCUAUUCGCAACACUUAGCAUGUUUAAUUUCCAAUUAUAUUUAAAUUAGUACGUGUAUUAUUAAUGGAUGGAUGGAUAGAUGACUUGGAUUACAAUCCAUGUGUUAUAUUAUUUAUGCAUGACAGAGAUGUUUCAGAAAACUCUGCAAUCAAACUAUUAAGAGAAAAGAAGACUAUUAAGAGAAAAUAAGAAAUUUUUAACACUCGUAACAUUUCAUAAAGAAAAUAAAUAUUUAUAUAGAAACAUUAGAAAUUUUAUAUUAUGCUUACUUAUAUUUGAUAGAUAGAUUGUAAUAUAUAUGCUAAAAUAAAAUUUUUAUAAUGUCAAAUGUCGUUUUUGUGUGUAAAAAUAUAAAAUGAAUAAAUAUUUUAUUAUUAUCAUUAAUAUUAUUACUGUUAGUAAAAUUUCUAUAUCGUCCUUGAAAAAUAUUUUAUUUACAUUUGCAAGGAGAAUUCAGAAUUUUACUUAUAAGUAGUCACAUGAAAACAAGGAAUAUUUCAGUUAGGAUAAGUAAUCAAAGUGUCUUGUUUAUAUAAAACUAUGACUAUGUUAUUUACAUUUAGAUCUAGCCGAAAUUUGAAAGUAAACACGAAUCAGAUCCACUAAUCGGUAAUCACUUACUAAACGUUAGAAUUGCUAAACGCAAUUGUUAAUGUGUUUAUGUGGUGUAUUCUCAUUACCGUCAACGACAAUCAACACGUUUCUUUUUAAAAAUGUCCACUAACGAAAGUACGAGCAAGGAGGAGUGUAAAUUCAUCGAAUCUGCGUCCGUUACGACAACGAAACCAGUCGCGGUCGUCGAUAAGAGGAAGGACUCCGUAUUCAAAAUUAGUAAAGAGUUUGUUGAAAUAUAUAAAUUAUGUUGUUCCUUUAUGACAGAAAAUGAGCCCAAUGAAGAGCUUAAUAAAGAUCUUUCAUUAAGGAUGAACGUGUUGUAUGAUACUAUAAUCAACGGGAAAAAUACAAAAAUAGAUGAUAUUGUAACACUUGCAGAUUCUUACUUAUUUUUGUCUUAUAAAUUUCUUUAUGGAAAUGAUCAAGAAAUACUUGAAAUGGCUGAAGUUAAUAUUAUGAAAUGUAUAAAAUUAUUAAAAGGGAAAGAGCUUGAUUGCAAAUGUAUCCUAACAGCUGUAGAUGCGUAUCAACAUUUAGGCAUUUUUCACAGUACAAAAUUUAACAAGCAAUUAUCUUUGAUUGCCUAUAAUACAGCGGUACAACUAUAUUUGACUUACACAAAGGAAGAAGAAAUAUAUUCAGAUCCUUAUAAUGUUGCAUCAUAUUUUAAGAAAACACGUUUAGAUUCGAGAGAUAUACUAGAGGAAAAAACUGGAACAAAUAUAAAAGCCAUAUUAUUGUUGUAUGCAAAUUCAGAUACAUAUACAGCAACGGAGAAAGAACAUCUUGAUAAAAUUACAUCGUGUGUGCAUAAAAUAUUGAAGAGAAAGUUAAAUAAUCUAACAUCAAGUACAAAUUAUUUUAUAUGGUCUAUAGUAGCAGGGUCUUUAAGUGAAUACUUCGUAAAACAUCAUCGUUUUACUGAGGCUAGAGAUCAUCUUGCUGUUGCUUCAUUCAUGUUAAAGAAAUUUUAUGAGUAUAUAUGUAAGAAGAAAUCGAAGAGUUUUUUUAAUGUUUAUGAGAAAUGUAAAAGUCCAUAUGAGGGACAUCAACUUGCGUCAGUUCAUGUCACUAAAUAUUGGGCAAAAUAUGGAAUCCAACUUUUGCAUUUAUCGAAAGGAAAAAUUUUGUCUGAUAAUAUACAAAAAUGUGCGGUAUGUAUUUUAAACUCAUUAUCUCUAGCAAGUUCUGAGGAGGAAUCCAAUAAAUUAUUAAUAUCCGCUAACAUGAGAGAAAAUCUAAGAGAAUUCACUGAUAUGAUCACAGAUACGUAUGUAUCAAGUUAUACUGGUGCUAAUACAAUUUUUGAGACUAUUAUGAAGUUCCUUAAUGAAGCAAAAACGUAUUCUGCUGUUCUUGGUGACUCAGAUGUAAUGUCUGUGAAGAUUAUAUUAGACAUUUCGCAGAUAUACAAACAUUUUGCAUUUUAUGUAAAUACAGCUAAUAAAUUGAUGCUAUAUGAACAGCGUCUAACGACUUUAGUAACUACUUUCGAGACAAUGCUUCACGAAUCUAAUGUUCCAUCUUGGUCGAUUUUCUGUGAAACAAUAAUUGCCGUCAAUGAUAUAUUAGAUGAGAUGUGCAAAAACUUUGAGAUACAAAGUAAUCAAAAGGAGUUUUCCCAAAAAUGCAUUAAAGAAAUUUUUGAAAUUGAAAUAAAUAAAAUAUUAAAGAAAUACCGGAGAAUGUUCAUUUCAUAUAUGUAUAAGUAAUAAACUGUAAAAGUAAACUGAUAAAUUUAUUAUUGAUAGAUGAACGUUUUAGUUAACAAUCUAUAUCGCUAUUAUGUUAAUAAAAUAAAAUAUAUUGCUAGAAAAGUUAAAGAAUGUACUCUACGCUUAUUUUUCCCUAAAUAUUUGAUAAAUUAUAAUAUAAGGAUGAAUAAGCAAUAAAUUAGUUAUUAUAUACUGUUGUUUUUAUAAGAUAUACGUAAAAUUCUUUGUAAAGAUUUCAUUGUUCCGUUUUUAAAAAAAUUUAAACAAGAAUAAAAAUAUUAUUAUCUCCAAU